ACGGAGGCGGCCCCACGUGACGAGCAGCCGCCUGCGAGCACGGAUCGGCGGAGGCAGGCUAAGAGUCGGUCGGCAGCGAACACCGUGAGCCAGUCGUCGUGAGAAGUCGAGCCUCGGAGGAACCCUGCCGCCCUCGGAAUGGCCCCACAGCUGCAGCCCGCGGCCCUGGCCGCCGCCUUCUUCCUGACGCUGGCCACGAUGCCUUCGACUACCAGUGCCAUCGAGUGCUACGUCUGCAGCUCUGCCACCAAUCCUGACUGCGAGAACCCGCCAGUUACCAUGAAUGCAACAAAGUGCAGUGAUUUAAGCAAGGGCUCCAAGUACACGGCCUGCAGGAAGAUCGAUGAGAACGUCGACUUUGAAGUCAACGGCUUGCCUGCCGUCAAGCGCGUGAUCCGCCAGUGCGCCGUGGAGGGCGAGCCGGAUAGGCCAUGCUACUACAAGGCCGGCUUCGGCGGACGCGUCAACGUGUGCCAUUGCUUCGAGGACAAAUGCAACAGCGCCAGCGUGCCGGCCGCCGCCGUCGGCCUGGCGGCCGUGGGCGUGCUACUGGCACUGCGGGUUGCGUAGCGGCGCGGACCCAGCGCGCCCGUGCAGCGCCGCCCCCGUCGUGAGCCCCACAGCCGGGCUGUUGUGCUCGGGACAGAUGCCGAUAGCGCCGCCGGACCAUAGUCUUCGAAAGUUUCCUUCUCUGCCCAACCUUGGUGACUCGGUUUCCAGUAGCAGCGCCGUCGCUGACCACCUGUUGUACCUCAAGUCGGUCCCGUAUGCUCAGAACCAGCGUUCCAGCUAGCGUCCCCGGUUUGCUAUUUGUCUUCAGAGGCAGCCGUUACAUGCGUUCUUCAUUCAUAAAAUCACACCUCUCGACACGUUCCUUUCGCCAAAGCAUGCGCGUGUGGGCUGGCCGUGGCACAUAUGGCUAUCCUUCCGAAGCCGACACGGCCUGCGAAGCCGCACGCGUCUCCGAGUUAUUUAGCACCUGAUCAUUAAACAUGGAAAAAGGAAAUAAAAGAGGUAAAAAAAAUAGGAUGUCGCUGCUUUACACGCGUCACUUGCUUCGCUUGUGCCACGCUGCCAGAGCUGGCGGGUACGAAGCUGUCUGCGGGAGAUUGCGCACACGAUCUAUUUAGUAUGCCUAUUGAAAGGACGUUCAAUGUCGACCUGUGUGCGCUGUUCUACAACACUUCUGCAAUUAUAAUCUGAUUCGUGCGCGUAGCAAAGCGUAAUUAGUGAUCCUCCUACAUACAUAGAUGAGCUGUACUAAUAAAAAACAGAA